ACUCUGCUUUCUUGGAUCCCAAGCCAGUGAGUCUUUCUAUAGGUUUCGGCAACUCAGCGAAGGUGCAGAGCUUCUCGUGCUUCUGUUCUUGGGGCCAUAUGCGCUAACCUUGAAUGCAUUCUGAGUUCAUUCAUAACGCCGCGUUAGUUUGGUAGAGAAAAGUAAUUGUGGUUGUUUGUUCUAAAAACCUGCUGUUUUCUUCCAAUGGCAUCAGCUCCACUAGUUGCAGGCAUCGCAGUUGCAGCAGCAGCAUUGGGAAGCAGAAGCUUGAUUCGAGCAUGGCAAGCUUUCAAAGCUCGCCCCGUAAUUCCUCGAGCAAGAAAAUUCUAUCCUGGAGGAUUUCAGCAUGAAAUGACCAGGAGAGAAGCUGCAUUAAUUCUUGGUGUAAGGGAACAUGCUGCAAUCCAAAAGAUAAGGGAAGCUCAUAGGAAGGUGAUGGUUGCCAAUCACCCAGAUGCUGGUGGAAGCCAUUACCUUGCUUCAAAGAUCAACCAGGCAAAGGAUCUUUUGACCGGGAAAACAAAGGCCUCCCCCUCUGCAUUUUGAAGGUGACAACACUGUGAUAGAAGAGAGAGAGAGAGAGAGAGAGAGAGAGAGAGAGAGAGAGGAUCUUUGAUCUGUAUCAUUCAUGUUAAUUAUAAUUUGUUGGUGUUAUCAAAAUGGGAAAUAUGAAGAAAUAAUUUAUGAAAUAUUGAAAUAUAUGAUUGAUAUCUGAAUCAUCUGAAGAAAUAUGUGAAUUUA